AUGAUUCUGUCCGACCCCUCCGAAAGUAACGUCGCCACGGCAAAGGAAUUGCUGAGGCCGGAUGAUUACCCAGGUACCAGACUCUCAUUCCACCAGAAGACGGGCGAGGACUCCUUCCUUGAGCCCGGGUCCGUCGACAUGGCCAUCGCCUGCGAGUGUCUCCACUUCACGGACAUCGACAAGGCCAUCGCCAGUAUCCACGCGAGCCUCCGGCCGGGCGGGACCGUGGCGUCCGUCUUCUACGGGGUCCUGAACGCCCGCAUACCCGACAAUGAGCGCGCUGAUGCGGCGUGGAAGGCAUUCGGCCAGUCGCACUUUCAGCGGGUCCUCGACGAGAAGAUGGAGACGGUACUUACGCGUAUCAGGGUCUCUCAGGUUGGGCUGGGCCUAAAUUUUGUGCCGCUGGACAAGGACCUGUGGCAGGAUGUCAAGAGGACAUUUGUUAAUGUGCCUGAUGGGCAGGCCGAGUGGCCCAUGGAGGUGGGCAUGCCGAAGGAUGCGAGGCCCCACGGGAGGUCUAGGAUCGACAUCGAGUAUGACAGUUUGGAAUGGCGGAACGACCCGGAUGGGUGGGCUAUUAGGAAUUGCACCACGGAGAGAAUUAAGAAGAUGAUGUUGUCGUUGCUCCUGCAGUACGGCGACAAAGACUGGCAGAGUGAAGAAUGGAGCGAGUUUGAAGCCGCCGUGAGUGACGGCGGCGGUACAUUCCAUUUCGUUUUCCCCGCCACCAUGAUUUUAGCCAGGAAGAAGUGA